AUGGAUCCGAGAUGGUAUAUCCGCAAGCCCUUCGGGUUCUCCUACUUUUCAAAGGAACUGGUCCCCAUAGCUCACGCCUGGGUCGAGACAACGGGGAAUGUUGUGUUCUGGAGGUAUAAUGAAAACGGCGGACACUUUGCCGCAUUGGAACGGCCACAAGAGCUUGCUGAUGACCUUACUGCGUUUAUUGAGCAGGUGUGGACUUGA